AUGUCGAGACGACCAAGAUACAAACAAGCCACUGGAAUUACUUAUCCUAGUGAGAGUAAUCCCGGAAUUGUUCAAGCCAUUGGAAACAAACCGAAGAAGAAAACGGUUGCUCGAGACGAACCAUCUUUAAUCGUACAACAAGAGGAGGAAAUGGGUCGAAUCAGGCCAAAAAAGGACAAGCAACAGCGUCAAGCCGAAAAGAAAUAUAAGAGGAAAAAUGAUUUGGAUUCUCCUCAGAGUUUGAGACCUCGUCGAGAGGGUGUUCAAAAGUUAAAUGCUUCCCACCGAAGGGGCUCGUGGAGUAAAGCCAAUGCAAUCCACAUCAAUGACCCACCACCUCAAGCGGAGCAACCAGCACAAGAAGAAUAUGAUUCUGAUACACCUACCGAAGAAGGAGGAGAUAAUAGAGAAGUUUCCGAAAAAGAAAAUGGUGAGGAGGAAGUUAACGAAGAUCAAAGUGGUGGCAAGGAAGGUGAUGGAGAAGAAAGUGGUAGCAAGGAAGGUGAUGGACAAGAAAGUGGUGGCAAGGAAGGUGAUGGACAAGAGAAUGGCGGCAAGGAAGGUGAUGGAGAACAAAGUGGUGGAAAGGAAGGUGAUGGACAAGAGAGUGGCGGCAAGGAAGGUGAUGGAGAAGAAAGUGAGGAUGAAGGACCACAGGGAUGCCGAUUUUCAUAUGAAGCCAGGAACGUCAGUGAGUAUGAUGAGGAAAUUGACCACAGAGAUGCCGUUCUUCCAUAA